UGAAUGUGGAACGGUUUACGUGCGUGCGUAAUCUGCGGGCCCGUGGAGUGUUAAAAGCGUUGUUGUUGUUGUUGUUUCGUUUUGUUUAUGCUGUUCCGGACGGAUGGGGUGAUAAACGAGGCAUGAACAAAAACACCCAAGAACAAAUUAAGCUGUUCGCGGACGGAAUGAGGGUUCGAAUGGGCCCUCGCGAUUUAUGCUGGAGCUUUGGUAGUGCGUAAGGUGCGUGUAGAACAUGUUACUGCAACAAUAACGGUGUCAUUUUAACAUUUCGGUGUGAAAUGCAGUAUUUGAAUCAGUGAAAGAUUGAAAAAAAACCCACAAAGAUCGCCACUAGUGGAGCGAAAUGAUGCCAUUGGCUUCGACCUCCGUGAUGGCAAUUCCGACCCAUAAACCCCGGAUAGGAUUCAGCAUUGAGUCCAUCGUCGGCAACAGGAUAACGAAAUCGCCUCCGCACUUUUCGCCGAACAGUGAAGGUUCGGAGCGACCGAUGAGUCCCCUCAGUGACAGUGGCUUUCCAAACGAACCAUCCAAGCGCAGUCGGUUUAAUUUCCACACAACACCAGUGGAUAUCCAGCGGGCACUGGGAUUACCGGUCAAUUGCGCUCCCAGUGAUUACAGCAGUCGAAUACAACGGUUGCACCACAGUUCGCCACCUCCCAUGGAUUUGAACCGUGGCCCUCGGCUGCCAGAAUCUCCUCAGAGUCAAGACCUAUCGCGUUUAGACAAUAGUAGCAAAAGUCCUUCACUUCCUCACAGUCGACUAACUCCGGAGGACGUUACCAACCGACGCUCCCGGAGUCCAUCUCCCCAAUCAUCACCAGCCGCCGGUCAUCCGGCGGCGAUGGCGGCCAAGGGGCCAAUCAUAGUUCCUGGAAUCCCGGCCGGCUUGGUGAGGCCAUUCCCGGUGGGGCACCCGCCAUCGAUGGGUGAGCUGAAACACAUGGCGCCGCACUUCAUGAACCCCCAGGAGAUGGUCCAGGCGGCUCACAACCAGCACAUGCUGGCGGCCCAGUUCCAGGCGGCAGCCGCCCUGGCUCACGCCCAGGCUGGCCACGGAUUCCCACCGCCACCGCAUCCGAGUCAUUUGCACAACCAGAGCAUUCCACGGGACAGCUACCCGCUGUACCCGUGGCUACUGAGUCGUCACGGCCGUAAUGUGUUCCCGCCACGGUUUCCUGGAAGUUACCUGCUACCAUUUCGGAAGCCAAAGCGGGUGCGGACGGCUUUCUCACCCUCGCAGCUGCUCAAACUGGAACACGCUUUCGAGAACAACCACUACGUGGUGGGGGCGGAGAGAAAAUCGCUCGCCCAGACCCUCAGCCUAACGGAAACGCAGGUCAAGGUGUGGUUUCAGAACCGGCGGACGAAACACAAGCGGCUGCAGCAGGAAGAGGAUGCCAAAUCCGGUGGCGGCGGCGGUGGUGGUGGCAACCGAUCUGUCAGCCCGGGAGGUGCUUACGACGACGAUGACGAGCUGAUCGAUAUGGACAUGGAGGACUGCGCUAGUGACGAGGAGCAGGAGCAACACUACCAGCAACACCAGAUGCACUCUGGGCAGCACUCCCAGCUGCAGCACAAUCACACAUGAGUUUUAGCCCAAGAACGAUUGCUUCGGAUGAUCGUUCUUGACUAGGCGACACACACACACAUAACGGUGAUAUUAUCGGAUAGGAUGUUAAUUUAUUGAAAACAGUUCCUGAGUUCGCGGAUAAUUGCGUGGAAAGAUUAUUAGAAGAAGAAAAAAUGGUUCCUCAAAGUAGUUUACCUCAUGCGGUCGAGGAACAUAUGAAGCAAGGCUAGGUGUCCCACAAAGGUGGUCGCGGCUUCCGUGCAUUCAUAAUAUGUGCCAAAUUAGAAAUCCCGGGCAGCGCAUUCACAUCUCUGGAGAGUAAUGCCGGCUGCUGUAGUUGUUGGUUGUAAAUUGUGUGCCAAACUGGGAAAAAGCAGUAAUUACAAGACGGGCUUCUUGCCUCUCUGGUACGAAGUCGGUGGAGUUAACGAAGCGAAUAUAGUAGGUUAUUUAUUAUUUAUUUGUCAAUUUAGAGUGGCUAGGAAGCCAACCACAGUACUGGAAAUAGUCAUGUCUGUUCGAUUGUGUAAAUAUGUCUGUACAUAACGUAGCGGCAAUUACAUAUAAAUUAGUUUAUCCGUUUGUGUAUCGUAAUUCAAUAACAGUAUCGAUUAGGGCAGCAUGUUUGUAAGUGGAUAAUUGCAGGAACAUCAUUAGCCAGUGCGCGUCAGGUGAUUGAAGUAUCCGUGUAAAUAUUUCAUUGUCAAUUAAAAUGGAAGGGAGUCGGUCUCUCUGUAUGAUUUCGAACAAUAUUCCAGUGAUGGACAUAGACGGGCUUUCGUGUUCGUGGUAAGCAACUAUUGUAUUUGCAUGAAAUGUUGACAUUAUAA